GUUCAGGAACAGUCGAAUGUUGAAGCUACAUUUAUUGAAAACAUUGCAACAAAUUCCUCGUGUUCCGAGUAUUCCACAAAUGAUGAUGAGCUUCCAAAAAGUAAUAAUGAUGGUAUUAUGGUAAGUUAUUAAAAUAUGUUAAGUUCAAACUAAUUACAGGAACUACAAAUACUUAAUAAUUUUAGUCCAAUGAAGAACAUGAAGAUGAACAAGAUCAAUACAUUAAUUUAAAACUUAACCACCGAGCAAGUCAAACCCAAAAGACAUCACACAAAAACUGUUCAGGUGAGGUGCAGUUAUAAUAAUUGCGUUUUACAGUAAAAAAUAAAAUAUUCUUCUCAAUAAUUGUUGAUUGAAACCAAUGCAAAAAUUAUAUUUAUAAUUUCUAGUCUUAUUGUAUUUGUUUUAGAUACCAAUAAAGAAUGCUGUUGUAACACUUUAAGACGUUCAAUAAAAAAAAAAGAAGAGGCAAUACUUACACAGAUUUUAUUAUGUAAUACUAAUCAAACCAAAAUAUGCACCUAUUUAGAAAGUCUGGACAAAAAAAUAAAUAAACUUCUCGAGAUGGAUAAUCGGUCUAGUUCUGCAUUUCCUCAACCAAAAUUACCAGCAUCGUUUGUUGAUUUAUUGCCAAUAGGCUCAAAUGAAGCAUUAUAUGCUGUGGAAAGUCUGUUACAAGUUGAAGGUUGUAUUAAAAAUAAAGAAGAAUUAGUAAGUUAUUAUAUAAUAAUUAUAUGAUUGCUUUAUUAGAUCUGAUGAAUAUUGCGUUUCUUUGUCAGUUAAUUAUAUUAUUUUGUUUAAUGCAGAAGACCUUUUUAUUACUGAAAAUUGGCAACCAACAUAAUUCGUUAAACAGUGCAGUUACUGCUAUUUUCGACUUUUGUUUUGAAAGAUCCUAUGUAUCCAUCUUCAGCUAUCACGGGAGAACUAAAAAAUCAUUCAAAUCUCUUGGAAUAUUUCAAGUUAUGCAAGAUACCCUUUCUGGUCGUGUAAGCUCACCCCAAGACACAGAUACAAUAACAAAAGUCAUUAUUAAUAUAUUAAAACAUGCAAAAAAGUAA